GUCGUCCAAAUCAGAAGAAGAAAAAUGAUGAAUAGUUGCGUGUGAGAUUGUCUAUAUUUUGGCGCUUGCUCCUCUUAUUUUUCGCGUCCAAAAGCGUCGCUCUCCCUCAAUCGUUCAUUCUCCUUACUAGUUUUCUGCUCCUCUGUUUCUGCAGAAGAUUUCUACUUAUCGUUUUCUCUUUAUUAUUUCUCACUUUGAGCGCAUUAAAUUUCUCUUGUUUGUUAUAUAAUAUAUUAAUAGCUGAAACCAUGAUUCAGAGGGUUUCAUGCUUACACAAUUUGGUUCAAUCUUUACGUCUUGGUUCUUUAUCUCAGUUGUAAUGGAGGGGAAGGAGCAAUCCAUUUCAUCCUGCAGCGACUUAAAGAAUGUAGCUCUGUUUAGGGCCUUAGGCUAUCAUCUCAUCUAGUUUUUCCCUGCAUGGUUACAGCUUGGAUCUUAUAUUUGCUACUCGUCACAAGCUGCAUCUUCUCUACAACAAGUGAGCAAAGCCUGUGCUGAUGGUGAGAAUGAGUACGCUAAUUUGGAUUGGGAUAAUCUUGGAUUUGGUAUCAUGCCAGCGGAUUACAUGUACACAACGAAAUGUUCUAAAGAUGGAAGUUUUGAACAAGGACGACUUAGUCGCUAUGGAAAUGUUGAAUUAAGCCCAUCUGCAGGAGUCCUGAAUUACGGGCAGGGAUUGUAUGAAGGCACGAAAGCAUAUAGAAAAGAAGAUGGUCGUUUACUUCUUUUUCGUCCAGAUCAAAAUGCCAUCCGCAUGAGGAUGGGUGCUGAUAGACUGUGCAUGCCUUGUCCCUCCAUUGAUCAAUUCGUUGAUGCAGUGAAAGGAGUUGCUCUAGCCAACAAGCGUUGGGUUCCUCCUCCAGGGAAAGGAACUUUGUAUAUUAGACCUUUGCUAAUGGGUAGUGGUCCUGUCUUGGGUUUGGCACCUGCACCUGAAUACACGUUCCUCGUAUAUGCUUCUCCUGUGGGCAACUAUUUCAAGGAGGGCUUGGCACCCUUGAGCGUAUAUAUUGAAGAGGAAUUUCAUCGUGCCUCUCGCGGUGGAGCUGGUGGUGUUAAGUCCAUCACGAAUUAUGCACCUGUUCUGAAAGCAAUAGCCAGAGCUAAAAGCAGAGGAUUUUCUGAUGUUCUGUACCUGGACUCAGUGAAUAAAAAUUAUCUGGAAGAAGUCUCUUCUUGCAACAUUUUCCUUGUGAAGGGCAAUGUAAUUUCCACUCCAGCUGCUAAUGGGACUAUCCUACAAGGUGUCACUAGAAGAAGCGUGAUUGAAAUUGCUCGUGAUCAUGGUUAUCAGGUUGAGGAACGUGCAAUUGCAGUAGACGAAUUGGUGGAUGCUGAUGAAGUCUUUUGCACUGGAACUGCAGUUGGUGUUGCUCCAGUAGGCAGUAUCACAUAUCAGAAUAGAAGAGUUGAAUACAAAAUCAGAGCUGAAUCCUUGACUCAGGAGCUGUACUCAACUCUUGAAGGAAUUAAAACGGGUCUUAUUGAAGAUAAGAAAGGCUGGAUCAUUGAGAUCUAAUAGGGCCUCUUUCCAUCCUCAAAUGCAUUGAGCGAAUACAAAGAACAAGAGCCAUAUGAACUUUUAGAACAUUGUUCAUAGCUGUAUAUUUCAUCAAAAAAGGCAAUGAUUAAAAAAAAAAAAUGGAUUUUGGAACAGUGUUCAUAGCUUCCUUCUAUAAUGAUGGAAAUGUAACCAAUUCCAAAUGCCAAAUAAUUUGCCAAUGUGACUAUAUGGCCUUA